UUUGCACUGGGCUUCAAGAGAGACUGCAGCAGCUGUCCUGGCACCAGUGGAGAAGCACCAAGUCAUACUGAGGAAAUAUGGGGUGUAUAAAAUCAAAAAGGAAAGAGAAUCUGCAUGGAGAUGGGCUAGAUUUGAAGAAUCAACCAGUACGUAAAACUGAACGAACUAUUUAUGUGAGGGAUCCAACGUCCAAUAAACAGCAAAGGCCAGCGAAUCCAGAAGCACAGCUCUUACCAGGACAGAGGUUUGUCAACCAAGAUGCAGAGGAGCAUGGAGUCAUUGUGGUGGCUUUGUAUCCCUAUGAUGGCAUUCAUGAAGAGGACUUGUCCUUCAAAAAAGGAGAAAAACUGAAAGUUAUUGAGGAAUCCGGAGAAUGGUGGAGGGCAAAAUCUCUCACCACAAGAAAAGAAGGUUUCAUUCCCAGCAACUAUGUAGCAAAAGUAAACACCCUGGAAACGGAAGAAUGGUUCUUCAAAGACAUAACCCGAAAAGAUGCUGAAAGACAGCUCCUGGCUCCUGGAAAUGGUCCUGGAGCUUUCCUUAUCAGAGAAAGUGAAACAUUAAAAGGCAGCUAUUCUCUCUCCAUACGAGACUAUGAUCCAGAGCAUGGCGACGUUAUAAAGCACUACAAAAUCAGGAGUCUAGACAAUGGAGGAUUUUACAUCUCCCCAAGAAUAACUUUUCCUAACAUCAAUGAUAUGAUCAAACAUUAUCAAAAGCAAUCAGAUGGCUUAUGCAGAAAGUUGGAAAAAGCUUGUAUUAGUCCCAAACCUCAAAAACCAUGGGAUAAAGAUGCAUGGGAAAUUCCACGGGAAUCAAUUAAAUUAGUGAAGAAACUUGGAGCUGGUCAGUUUGGAGAAGUCUGGAUGGGUUACUAUCACAGCAGUACCAAAGUGGCUGUGAAGACUCUGAAGCCUGGAACAAUGUCUGUGCAAGCCUUCCUGGAGGAAGCCAACCUCAUGAAAACUCUUCAGCAUGAUAAGCUUGUUAGGCUUUAUGCUGUAGUGACCAAAGAAGAGCCUAUUUAUAUUAUAACAGAAUUCAUGGCAAAAGGGAGUUUGCUGGAUUUUCUGAAGAGUGAUGAAGGAAGCAAAUUGUUGCUUCCAAAGCUAAUCGACUUCUCUGCUCAGAUUGCAGAAGGGAUGGCAUACAUAGAAAGAAAAAAUUAUAUCCAUCGAGAUUUGAGAGCAGCGAAUGUGCUGGUUUCAGACUUGCUGAUGUGCAAAAUUGCUGAUUUUGGACUAGCAAGGGUGAUCGAGGACAAUGAAUACACAGCAAGGGAAGGUGCAAAAUUCCCUAUUAAAUGGACGGCACCAGAGGCAAUUAACUAUGGAUCUUUCACUAUUAAAUCUGAUGUGUGGUCAUUUGGGAUUCUCCUGUAUGAAAUUGUUACAUAUGGAAAGAUUCCUUAUCCAGGUAUGAGCAAUUCUGAUGUGAUGGUUGCUCUUCAGCGUGGGUACCGAAUGCCACGCAUGGAAACCUGCCCAGCUGAGCUUUAUGAUAUCAUGAAAACAUGCUGGAAAGACAAAGCAGAAGAGAGACCAACCUUUGAUUACCUACAGAGUGUGCUUGAUGACUUCUACACAGCAACAGAAGGGCAGUAUCAACAACAGCCAUAGAACAAAGACGCUUUUUUUAUUGACUAUCUUUAGAACAGACUGCUCAAACCAGUUACUUCAUGCAUUCAGAUGUUUUAACUGAGUGUGGAAGCUGAAAUGCUGAAGGAAAGAAUAAUUCUGCAGAGAAAUAAUGUUUUUGUUUGGUUGAAACAGUUCCUCUAAAGCUUCAAGUUCUCCUUAAAGGUCUGUGUUAUGCAUCUGUAGAAACAUCCCAAAGCAAACAGGCUUUUUGGGGUGAGAAGAGAGAAGGAAGGAAAGCAAUCAUGCCCUGGUACAGCUUGACAAGACCUUAGGAUCUGUCAUGCAAUAUAUUACAAGGAGACCUUGAUAAAAGGGUUGAGAGGAUGCAUGAACAGCUGUUUUCAAAACAAAAAGUCACACAGGAGAAUGUACAGAUUUAAGACAUGGUGACAUUCUUAAAUCAUCUUUUUUGAAAUACAGCAUAUUGCAAAAAUUAUUUUUAUAUCCUUGUUAUUUCACAUUAGUAUCAGGCAUAGUGUCAGCUCUUGUAAUACUUUCUAAACAGUGUCAAGGUUUCCUUUGAGGAAGAGUUGUGUGCAGUUCUUUACACUGAAAAAAGUUCUGGUUUACUGCUGUAAAACCCUAAAUUUAAAACCAUUUUCAAAGCAUUGUGAAACCAUCACAGAUGCAGAAGUGCAUGACUGCAGAUGUGGCAGCACACCUCACUCUUGUGUUCAACCUUCAGCUUCCCACAAGGCCAAAGUCAUCAUCUGAAGUCCAUGGAAAAGCACAUGAUUUGAAGGAAGUUGAUACUUGCAUUGCAGUCACUGAAACUGUUACCAGUGAAAAUAUUUUAAUCUUCAUUUUUAAUCCUCUGUGGUUAUUCGAGAAUAUUCCUUAUAUUUUUGCUGCUUUAAUCAACUAACCUCAAAUCUGUUUGAAAGCUACAACUAGCUCUAGCACUAUCAAAAACAAUUUGUGGAAACAGGCAAUAGGAGAACAAGUUAUAUUGCAGUGAUUCUGUUGUUUGUUGUUCAGUAUUACAGAUAUAAUUCUUAAAAUGAAUGCAAGUUGCUAUGCUCUUUACAUUAAAUUGUUCUAUCAAAUUACAUACCCAAAGAGAUGAGCUAGUGCACUUGCAAUGUAAUCACAGCAUAGAUUACUUCUUUUUCAAAGCAACAUUGGUUCUUACAACUGAAACCCAGUACACAUCUUUGCCAUCCUUCAGCCCAAUUAUUUAGGCGAAUGGUACUUUGCAGAAGCUCCAAACCUUUCUGAGAAAGCUUCAGUGUGCCUGCAGGUGAAGCUCAGCAGCAGAAGUAUUCAUGGCUUUUCUUCUCCAGUGGCUUCCUUCAGUCAAACUGUGCAGUUUAAACAGACUAUCAGUUAAAUAUGUAAAUAGUUUCUAUUGUAUGGUGAUUUUUAGUUUUAAUAAACACUUAAUCUGGAGCAAAUUGUAUGGUAAUAAUUUUAGAGAAAACAAACGACUGAUGUUCUAUCCAGUGGUAGCUUCAUUUGGAACAGGGGAAUCUCUGAUUAUCACCACUAUCAAGAUUAAUGGAUUCUGCUUUCAGUCACUUUUUAGAAACUGAAAAGGACCAAACCAACCAUUUUUGCAUUCUUCUUGAGGUUUCUUAUUGUUCUGGAGGGCAUAAAGAGAAGAAUCAACCCUCAGCUUGAAGAGCCUCCCAAAGGCCUUUAAUGCAAUAGCUACACUGUGCUUUAGCAGCUCUUGGGAAAACAUUAAC